UUUUAUUAAGAAGUUCGAAUUAAGAACAUCUCAGUUAAACUAUGUCUGAUCUCAGUUCGGACCCAGAAAGCAAUCCAAGCUUUCAGACAGAAUCGGAGUCAGAAUACGACUCUACAUGGGGAGAGGAUAAAGAGCACAAGGAGGUCGAUUAUACGGCCACUGCUAAAGAAAUCAUCUGCGAGGACGUAAACAUUACAACUGAAAAUGCGCUGAAAUUAAAUAGUGGUUACCAUAACAUGCUCAAGGUGCUGCGGAACAAGCUAGAAAUACUGCUCGCCCAUUGUCAGGAACGGCAGGCCGAAAUUGAAAAGCAAAUCGAUGACUACCGGAACAAUCGAAAGCCGGUCACUGGAAAGUCGCGAACUUCCGGUUACAUUUGCGGACAACCGUUCUUCAAGGACGAAGACCUGUAUCCCGGACCGCACAAUGACGACUAUCUGUAUCGUAAGAAUGUGCGAAAGGAAUUUUUCCCGCUUGAUUUGUUUGAGGUAACCGAUACGAAUUGGACGGUCAAAGAUAAGGUUAAUAUUCUUAAGGGUGUCAAACAGCAGAUUAUCGAGUUUAUCGAUAUGGAAAAUCGAUUAAAGAUUAAAAAGAUUGGUAAUGGUUUGGAAGCGGAAAGGUUAAGGCGAGAGAUAGUUUCUUUGAAAACUACAGAAAUCACAGAUCUGUGGGAGAAAGUAAAGAAUUUUCCCAAGGAGUAUCCUAAUCAGAAAUUUGAAAUCGAUUGGAUGCGGAUUUCGAACGUGAACAUCAGCAUGCGACAUUCGGUGGAGGCUUGUAUGGGAAUCUGGAACAACUAUAUGAUUCCAGGGUUGGUGCGAGAUACUUGGAAAGCGGAAGAAGAAACACUGUUGCUGGAAGCAGUAGAACAACACCAGCGACAGGACUGGGAAGGCAUUGCAAAAUGCGUUCCUGGGCGGUCGCCCUACCAAUGCUUUGUACAUUAUCAAACUACUUUCUCUGAUCUGGCACAAAUUAAGCACGAAAAGUGGACAGAGGAAGAGGAUGCACUGCUGGUGAAGUUAGUCGAUGAAAAUCGGAUAGGAACUAACAUUGUGUGGAAUAAGGUGGUGGAAAAAAUGCCACUGCGGAACAAAAUUCAGUGCUAUAAUCGGUAUAUGUUUACGUUGAUGCGCCCGACGAAGAACACCAAAUUUACACAGGAAGAGGAUUGCAUAAUAAUUGCUUAUGUCCAGCAGUAUGGUGACGAUUUUCGUUUCAUUCAACCGAAUCUGCUACCAGGGCGAACGAAUCGUCAGAUUUGGGCUCGCUACAACCAGACGUUGAAAUACGUGAACAAGCAUUCUGGCUGGACUAUCGAGGACGAUAUGCGAUUGAUGAACUUUAUUAAGGAAAACUUAACGGAUGAAGGGCCGCGAAAAAUAUCCUGGGCAGCUUGUUCGAAAGUUUUGGGCAAUCAUUCCAGACUUAGCUGUCGAACACGGUAUUACACAAUAGAAAAAUUUCUGGAAAAAUUCCCAGAUGCCACCUUAGAUGAUGUUCCUCGGAAAGACAAAAAACUAUCAUCUAGUGUAACGAACGAAAACUGGGUAAAAACUAUUAUCGAUAUUCGCAAUGAUCCUGGUGGAGGCGAAGCUUCAGCUAACCAACCACAAGAGCAACCAUCUUCCAGUGGCUCGAAGGAACAUAAUAAAUCGCGAAAUCAUUCAACGUCGAAAAAGGAACGUCAUUUUUCUAGUACUUUGAAGUGUGCCUUCAAAAAACAUUUAUACGAGAAAAUGAAGUACUCGUUUCACUAUAGCAUGAACGACCAAAGUCAUGCUGUGGAAAACCAAAGAGUUUUUAGUAACAAUAGGGCAAUUUUCAUGCUACUGAAUUGUUCCGCCACAGCAGACCAUGUAGAUAAUUGUUCACAAUGCCUUUCUGCCUCGGAAGCUUCAAUGAUUCGUAAUAGUCUUGCCGUAGAGCUCAACCAAGGUUUAGUUAAUUUCUUAAGAAGUGCCAUGUAUUGCUAUUUGUUUCCUCCCAAUUAUAACACACUGCUGGGUUUGCGAGGAGUGGUUUUGAACGCUACAUAUCCGGAGGAACCGCUCGUCAAAAGCGCAAAGGAAGUUGCUUGUGAAAGCAAUGACAAUAAUACGGACUAUAAGUAUGCUUUGGAAACUUUCAAGGAGCGAUUUAAGAUGCUUUUUACUUGGACCAUGUUGCUGGUUACACAGAAUCCUCGAGAAGCCGAUUUUAAAACUGAAAAUUCUAACAUUUCUUAUUCGCAAAUUAAACGGUUUGAAAUUGUGAAUGAGCCCUUAGAAAAACAAGCGUCUCUAGAGCAGCUUUCCAAACUAUAUAAAAGUCCAAGAUUACCCAGAAGUAAAAGACGUACAAAAAAGUCUGUAGAACGAUCCACCGUCUGUUUGGAUCAACUCAGUAUCGAUAAUCGUCCUUUUGAUGUAAGUGCUGUGCCCACUUCUAGUCAAAUUUGUCAACCUCUAGUCCAGGAAGAAUUACCUGAUGCAAAUGCCUCAGGUUCAAUUGUUAUCCAUCAAAGCGAACUAACAGCCCAGGUGCUGGUAACAUCUGCCGAAGUGGAAACAGCAUAUCCACUACAGUACGCCAUUCUAGUCAGUCAGCCUUCGUGCUAUGAUUCCCAGCAAAUAAAUUGCAGUAUUACGAAUGUGGAACCGGUAUCGGCCACUCUCGAAGAAGUCACAUUCACCGACUGUACUUCUACACACGUGAAUCCAGUAACAGAAUCGACAGAACCUUCUCCUCCGCUAUCUGUUGCCAUGCCACAAACCGAUCACCUUGAUCUGGUUGCUCAAAUAACCGUGAUUGACCCCGACAAUCUACCGCCAGCCGCACCUCCGCCGUCAUCGUCGUUCGGCUUUGGAGCAGCACAGCAGCAUAACAAUCUGGAGGGUUGCGAAGAAAAAUCGCCGCUAUCUUCCCAGAGCAUUGCAGAACCUACCCAGCAGGCCGAACCGCUGCUGGAUAAAUCCGGUGGUGAAACAUGUGUCGCAGCUGAAGUUGAUUGCUUUCAAGAGAACGAUCACGGUCAACUGUCACGACAAGAUCAGCAAUCGUAUUCGCCGCAACUUAUUGAGGAACCGGAGCAGGAUCAUGAUAUCGACGAAGAUAAUGUUGAUACAACGGUAUCGGAAACUUGCAGUUUAGCCUCAGAAAGUUGUUCCGGUAAAAUCUUCGAAACCGGUAUCGCUUAUGUAACCACCGACGAAAAUAUCGUCAUUGAAGAGUUGGACAUAAAAAAUGCCUGCAGCAGCCCUAAGCCAGAUUUUACAGAAAACUAUUCAAUACAGUCCACCACUCUGGAGUUGGAUGAACCAUUAGAUCUUCAUAUCUCUAAAGUUACAGAAGCUUGUGACAUAAACUCGUCACAAAUAACAGAAUCUCAGGAACAGACGGUCGAGCUUGGUACGGAUCCGUCGCUUUCGAGUGCCUCUGUAGUAGAAGCUGUAGAUCAAAAUGUGAAUGUGGAACCUGCGUUAAUAGAGGUUCCCAAAAAAACAUAUAGCCGAACGAGUAAAGUAAAAUUACCAGCACCAGCAGCUAAUAGUACUGAGCGAUUUUGGCGAUGGACACAUUUGAGUGAAACAGAUGAGGAAGAAAUCGAAUUGCAUCGAGAAUUGUGGGAAAAAAGUGAUCCCAUUCGGCUACGCUUUCAACCAACGCAAUGCGAUGAGGUUACUGAACAUAAAAGUGAAAUUAUUGUGAUUGACGACGAUGAAAUCGUCAUCAAAGAAGAACUACCAGAAGUGGAAGCAGAUGCGGAAAUUGAAAACAAGGUGGAAAGUGUUGAAGCAGCCCUAACGGAUGAGGCUUACCUCCAGCAAAUCAUUGAGAGAGCCGAUAAUAUUGCACGCAUCACAGAAGCUUAUAAAAGGAAUGAACACAACGUUGAGGUCGCUAAUCAUCCAUUGAAUUCCUCUUCCCUUCCAGAUGAUUGUUUAAAUUCAAACGUAAUGGACCACCCUAGCUCGCUUAUCGUUCAAACACCAUCGCAAAUUUUCGACGAAGAAAACAAUUGCUUCUACUAUGUAGAUGAGAUAGAGGAAGAUACCGCACACGAUUACAACAUACCGGUGGUUGAGAUUCCACAAAUGUCCAUCGCAUAUCCGCGUGAUUCGACGCUGGAAGAUAUUGUGCGUCACUCUUUGCAAAAAACUUAUUCAGUGAUUCCUGAAUUUCAACCUCCUCGACCUUACUCGAGUCCAAAUCGGGAUAUUGAGGACCAGUUGAACAAGCACUUCGUACCGACUGUGUCAAUGCAAACAGCUGAUAAAGGUUCCAAGCUAACAGUAAGAAACAUCACAGGGUUACUGUCUAAAGCUCAGAAAGCUGAGCAAUGCAUACUGGAUGUUCCUUCGCCUAGUGUGCCAAGAAUCAGAGCACCAAAACGUCCACCUCGAAAUGAAGUCAAACCCACACAGCCGAAGGAUAAGAAGAAAGCUCUUUGCUUGCUAAACGAUCUCUACAAAAGACCCCGUCUACCGCCUAGUAAGAUUCCAGUAUCGACAACAACAAACGUAAAUUACAGAGAAGCAGCAAGCAGCUCCGCAACUGUUCAUCAACUCCCCGUACUAACCCGUACUGAAAGUGACUCUACCCCACCGACCAAAAGACGUCCAUCACCGCAGCGAUUAUCAGGGGAAGUAAGCUCAAAGAAAACCAAAACGAGUAGUUCGUUUGAGCGUACUUCCAGUGAAAUUAUACUAGAACCACAACAUGACGAAAUCUUGCAACUGGGCGGGGAAACCUGUAACGCCGUCGAUAUCAUUGACGCACUGCACAACAUGCGCGAACGAAUGAAGCAUGAAGUUUUUGAAGAAGACGAGUUUCCCCUUUCCGAUGAGGAGGAAACCCAAUUAGCUCGUGCAGCUAGCAGUUCUAGCAGCGUUGCGUCUUCUUCACAAUUGCGCAGCAAACCAUCCACCAGCACUGCAACCCACCGGAAGAUCAAUACCAUUAUCAAAAACACCUCCGGUCGGCCCGCUAUGGAUGUGUUCUUUAAAGUGGGUGGUCUUACCAUUAAGAAGAUACCGCAUCAUAAGUGA